UUGUGGGACACUGAUCCUCCCCUGGAGUCAUGGCUGGGGCCCUGGACCCCAUACUAACCAGAGCAAAAGAUGUCUGCAAGCGGAACGGGCUCCUUAUCCUCUCUGUGUUAUCUGUAAUUGUGGGAUGUCUUCUAGGUUUCUUUCUCAGGACCAGGCGUCUCUCUGAACAGGAGAUCAGUUACUUCCAGUUUCCUGGGGAGCUUCUCAUGCGAAUGCUGAAGAUGCUGAUUCUGCCUCUCGUGGUAUCAAGUUUGAUGUCAGGAUUGGCUGCCUUGGAUGCGAAGACCUCCAGUCGCCUGGGUAUUUUCACUAUUGCCUACUACCUUUGGACCACAUUUGUUGCUGUGAUUGUGGGGAUCAUCAUGGUGUCUAUAAUCCACCCUGGAGGUGCUGCACAAAAAGAGAACACUGAGCAUAGUGGGAAGCCAGUUAUGAGUUCUGCAGAUGCUCUGCUGGACCUGAUUAGGAAUAUGUUUCCAGCAAAUCUUGUCGAAGCGACUUUCAAGCAGUAUCGCACAAAGAAUGUACCGGUUAUGAAACCAAAGGAAACAUUACAAAAUGACAUCACAGAAGCCAUCACACACCGUAUUCUUAUUUACGGCAUUCAAGAUGAGAAUGGUUCACACAUCCAGAACUUUGCCCUGGAUAUCACUCCCUCCCCAGAUAUCACCUACAAAUCAGAACCAGGAACCAGUGAGGGCAUGAACGUGCUGGGAAUUGUUAUCUUCUCUGCCACCAUGGGUAUAAUGCUGGGGCGUAUGGGGACCAGUGGGGUUCCUCUUGUAAGUUUCUGCCAGUGCUUGAACGAGUCCGUCAUGAAAAUUGUGGCUGUAGCUGUUUGGUAUUUCCCAUUUGGCAUAGUUUUCCUCAUUGCUGGAAAGAUCCUUGAAAUGGAUGAUCCCACGGCUAUCGGAAAAAAGCUAGGCUUUUACGCCAUUACUGUGGUGUGUGGCCUGAUUGUGCACGGACUCUUUAUCCUCCCCCUCAUGUACCUGUUAAUAACUAAGAAGAAUCCCAUUGUAUUCAUCAGAGGGGUUCUGCAGGCUCUGCUUAUAGCUCUGGCCACAUCCUCCAGUUCUGCUACUCUGCCAAUAACAUUUAAGUGCCUUCUUGAGAAUAAUCACAUAGACCGGCGAAUCGCCCGCUUUGUAUUGCCUGUGGGUGCCACCAUCAACAUGGAUGGAACAGCCCUUUAUGAAGCAGUGGCUGCCAUUUUUAUUGCCCAAGUGAAUAACUACGAGCUGGACUUUGGACAGAUUAUCACAAUUAGUAUCACAGCAACAGCGGCCAGUAUUGGAGCAGCUGGUAUCCCCCAAGCAGGCCUGGUAACCAUGGUGAUCGUAUUGACAUCUGUUGGUCUUCCCACUGAUGACAUCACCUUAAUCAUUGCCGUUGAUUGGGCCUUGGAUAGGUUUCGCACCAUGAUCAAUGUGCUGGGGGACGCGCUCGCUGCUGGCAUCAUGGCACAUCUCUGCAGGAAAGACUUUGCAAAGCAGAAUGAUGAGGUUCCUCUGAUCUGUGAGACCAAGCCCAUCAGCAUUCACCAGAUCAUGGCAUACCAGCGGAACGGAUGCGUAAAGAGCCGCAGUGCCCCUCACCUCUCCACCUCCCCACCGGAAUUUCAUCAGAUGCAACCAGAGCUGGAGCACCGGGAGCAAAACCGGGACAGAGACCAAUGUACAAUAGAGAUCAGCGAGCUGGAGACCAACGUGUAACAGUGAGGCCUGGUUCUCUGCUCACUCUCGCACGCUGCCCUGAGGCUACUGGUGGAAGCCCCGUAUGUCACCAGCAAUGCUGAGCAGUGGAUAAAAGGUUGUGAGUCCCAAAGCACAGACUGGUCCUUUGUGUUAGGAAGAUAUUUUACUCUUCAGGACUCUGAGUAAUGGAGGGGUCUAUAUCGGGGUCAUAUGAUGACCUUUAUACGUGUCACCUUUGUCACGUUAUAAGGUAUCUCCUCAUGUCACAAAAUAAAUAUCUCCUUUCUUUUUA